AGGGUGUACUUUAGUGGUGUCAAGAACAAAAUGUGUUCCUAUGAUGGACCCACCAAUUGCAAUCGAUGGAGGUUGGGGAGAAUGGUCCCCUUGGAGUGACUGCUCUAGAACCUGUGAUGCAGGUGUCUCCAUCAUGGAAAGGGAGUGUGACCAUCCUAGACCCAGUGGUGGGGGUAGGUUCUGUGUAGGAGAACGUCGUAGGUACAAAAUUUGCAACUCGGAUCCCUGUAGGCAGAAGACACCUACAUUCAGGGCACAGCAGUGUAGUGCUUUUGAUAAUGAGACCUAUGAGGGUCAACUUAAUACAUGGGUACCAUUUUUUGAUAAAAAUGAACCUUGUAAACUUUACUGUUCUGAUGCUAAUGAUACAGUGAUAGUCCCAUGGAAAGAAAGGGCUGCUGAUGGUACACCAUGUAAUGUAGGAACAAGGGACCUCUGUAUUGCUGGUAUUUGCAGGAAAGUAGGUUGUGAUUGGACAGUGGACUCCAUAGCAGUUGAAGAUGCCUGUGGGGUAUGCCAGGGAGAUGGUACCACAUGCGACACCAUCAAAGGAAUCUACCACAAACAAAGUGNCUUAUCAAUAUUUUUUGGGAUGUAUCAUGAUACAGAUAAAAUAGGUUGUAAGGGACGUGAGGGUUCUAUGCUCCACAUAAUGACACCUUCCUUUGAAGCGGAUACUGUUGAGGUAUCCUGGUCAUCUUGCAGUCGUAGAUAUGUCACCACUUUCCUUGAGUAA